AUGACUUUUUCUGUUAGGACCAAAAAUAAUGGUCGCAUAGAUCAAGAAAUAUCUUAUCAAAUAAACUUAGAAGUAAAUUAUUGGAAAGAAGUAUUAAAGAGAAUUGUUGCUGUAAUAAAAUUUUUGUCGUCACGAGGAAUUGCGUUUCGCGGAGAAAAUCAAAUAAUUGGAUCUCAACACAAUGGGAACUAUUUGGGCUGUUUAGAGUUAAUAAGCCAAUUUGAUCCAUUUCUUUUAGAACAUUUAAAUAAAUAUGGAAAUCAAGGCAAAGGAAAUCCUUCAUAUUUGUCAGCUAAUAUUUGUAAUGAAUUUAUUAACAUAAUGGGGAGACAAGUGCUAAAUGCAAUUCUUUCGGAAUUAAAAGUGGCUAAAUAUUAUUCAAUUAGUGUUGAUUCCACUCCUGAUCUUUCUCAUAUUGAUCAAAUGACAUUCAUUAUUCGGUAUGUUAAUGAUGAUACUCCAGUUGAACGUUUUUUGGAAUUUAUUCCUAUUGAUGAACAUGGAUCUGAAUAUUUAUUUAAAGUUAUUUUAUCUUUUCUUGAAAAAAAUCAGAUUAGUUUGAAUAACUGUAGUGGCCAGUCGUAUGACAAUGCUGCAAAUAUGUCAGGACAAUAUGCUGGUCUACAAGCUAGAAUAAAAGAAAAGUGUAAUUUUGCUAUUUUUAUUCCAUGUGCAGCUCAUUCUUUGAACUUGGUAGGGGUUCGUGCAGCAGAAUGUGUUAUGGAAGCAGUAAGUUAUUUUCAAUUUGUACAAAAAUUGUAUAAUUUUUUUUCGAGUUCUACCUAUCGUUGGAGUAUCAUGAAAAAGUGCCUAGACUCACAUCAUGUUUUAAAGUCACUAUCAGAAACUAGAUGGUCUGCUCGAGCUGAUGCUGUUACUACUUUGUGUAAUGGUUACAAGGAAAUUUUAGAUGCUCUAAAAACAAUUGAAAUAGAUGAUAAGACUUCACCAAAUGUUAAAAACGAAACCCAUGGCUUAAUUAAGAAAAUGAAAAAGUUGGAAAAUAUUGUUCUUACUGAAAUUUGGAGUAAAAUCUUAUCAAGAAUAAAUGAAACAAACAAAAAUUUACAAAAAGAAAACCUUACUAUUGACGUCGGUUCAAAAUUAUUUGAUUCUCUUGCUGGUUUUCUAAGUGAGAUUAGAGAUAACUUUUAUAGUUAUGAAAGUUCCGCUAGAGAAAAAUUUCCAGAUUCUGACUAUAAAGAUUUACACCAACGAACUAAGAAGAGGAGUAUUCAUUUAACAUUACCCGGUGAACUGACAAACAAAAGUACAUCGUUUUCAGGUAGUGAAAAAUUCAAAAUAGAAACUUACUUCCCAAUAAUAGAUACAUUAAUAACUCAGUUAAAAAUUCGUGGUAAAUCAUACAAAUCAAUAAAUAAACUGUUUGGAUUUUUCUCUAAUUUAAAAAAUUUAGAGACAAAAAAAGUACAAGUCCAUUGUAAAACAUUUGCGGAAUUUUAUCACGUAGAUAUUAAUGAAAAUGAAUUAAUUUUAGAAUGUAUACACUUAAAAGCGUAUUUAUCGGAACUUGAUAUUUCUGAAUUCAGUAUUUCUAGUACAUACAAAUGUUUAAAAUCAAAUAGACUAGAAGAAACAUUUCCAAACAUAAUAAUAUCUUUCCGAAUUUUUUUAUCAAUGAUGAUUACCAACUACAGUGGGGAACGUUCAUUUUCUAAGUUAAAUUUAAUUAAAGAAGAGCUUAGAAGUACAAUGAGCCAGAAACGGUUAAACUCCCUAUCUUUAAUGAGUAUUGAACAUGAACUACUAUCAAGUUUAGAUUAUGAAAAUGUUAUUGAAGACUUUGCGAAUGAAAAAGCUAGGAAGAAACCAUUAAAGAGUAUUUAA